AUGACAUUAAGUUAGUUUAUUAAGAACUCUUUUAGAAACUCAAUAGCUUUAGAUGAAGAAUUGAAAACUUCAAUUCACCAUGCUUCAUAAGAUGGAAAAACAAAAGCAUCCCUGUCUUACUAUAAAGAGGAGGAAAAGAUCAUAUGUAAUGUAGAAAUAGAAGUUAAUUAACUUCAUUAGAAUUAGCAUCAAAUGAUCCAAUUCAUUAAGUUUGAUUGUUUAUAGUUCUUCAUCAAAGAAUAGUUAGGAUUAUGA